UGCUCAAAUCGUUCGUCCUACCCGCUACUUUCUCUCUCUCUCGUCGGACUUUUCUGAGCGCAGUGUCUUCUGAUCUCGAUUUAAUCGGAAAUUUUUACCAAUUCCGCCGGAGUUUGUGGUACGUGAUUGUCGAUAUCAUCCAGGAUCGCAUUUUCUCUUCAAUCUACCUCUCCAGAUUCGGAGUAAAAUCAUUUUUCUUCGUCUCCUUGGGCGCAUGAUCAUCUAGGGAUCGAAUCCAUACUCUCUUCGUAUACUUCUGUCAGGAAAAUGACAUGGGAAGAAAUUUUAAAGGUGAUUUUCCCUUUGCUGGAAGGUGUGGACCUUGCUUCAUGUAUGGCAGUGUGCAAGCAGUGGAGAGACAUAGCUCGAGACGAUUACUUUUGGAAAUGCUUGUGUGCCAAGAGAUGGCCUUCAACCUGCAAAAGGCCAGAUCCUCCGACCCGUACCUACUAUAAACUAUACCAAGAUUUCCACAAAGGCCACCAACGUCGAAUUCUUCUCCCUCCUCGACUUUCCUUCGAUGAUUUAGAGUUUUAUAUUGACAUUUGGAGCGAAGACAGCUUAAUCUUCUCAGAAGUGGUCCCAGGCCAAGUCCUCCAGGCUGGUAUCAAGGUGCCACCACCUGGUACUAGCAAUGUGCUUAGAUGUCACCUAGAAGCCCCCGAGUUCAAGAUGACGCUACUCGUCGAGCCGAGGUUCACAAUUCCCUUGUGCCAUACUGUGAGCGUAUCCGUGCUUGUGGGACGCAAGGAUUCCAAUAAAGUUGCUCGGAUAGUCAAUAAAUCUGUAUUUGAUUACAUUGAUCGAACAUCAUACAGGGCAUUGGCUUUUGACUACCUUGAUUUUUCGCCUCUCCACCCCUUUGUCUCCGGGAUCCGAGCAUGGAUCUCGUUGCUUUUCUUGGACGAUGGAAAUGAUGGUGUACUUGAUGUAUUUGGAAUAGUAAUGGAUUUCAACGAUGCUGCAAACUCGAAGGAUGAGGUAUUAUGGCUUCUCGACUUGCUUGAUUGGAAAUGAAGAGUUGACAUUUUCGUGCAAAAGAAAAUUGAAGAAGAGCCUGGGCACCACGUGGGGGGGUCGCCAAGUAUGAUACUCUCACAACCGUGGCUGGAAACCUCGCUCCGAGUUUCUGGUACCAAUCUAUUACCUGUUAUCAUUUGUUCAUUGUCAAUGUACAUAAUUUUUCAGUUGCUUUCAUCAAUAAAUAUGAAGAAUGUUAAUUUUUCUAGAACUUGCAUUUUGUUUCCAUAGUUCAUGUGAGUCACCUGCAUUUUGAUCCAGACUAGAAAGCCAAUUCGUCUAUUUUGCUAUCGCUAGUAGAAAUUAGUGGUAUAUGUGAAGUCUUAUUUCCAUAGCAAUGAAGAGCUACUGAACUAUGUUUAGGUUGGCAAAUAGCUACUUAGUUGUAUUAGAUUUCAUAAAUAACAUCUCGACUAAAUUGAUCUCCAGUUGUUUUGUCA